GUGCUCGCGUCGGCUCGGCUUCACUCCGGCACGGACGUCCGCGGCGCGAGGUUGGCGAGUCGGUUUCUAGUAGUGCAGUGUGUGACAGGACCCAAGUGACCUUCAAGAUGGUGCGCAGUGCGAUGCUCCUGCUCCUGGCCGCGGCCCUGGCCGCCGGCUCCCCCGUCGCCAUCCCGGAGGCGUCGCCCGCCGCCGCGGCGUCACCGGUCGCCGACCCGAUCGCCGACCCGGCGCCGGUCGCCAGCCCCGAAUUACCUGCCGCCGCCCCCCUUCCCGCCGUUGAGACCGUCAAGCAGGAGAUCGAGGAGGUCGCGAAGGUGCAGGAGGUGGCCGAGGCUCCCCUCAAGCCCCAGGGCCGAUCCUUCGACGACGAGGUCUUCUCCAACAACAACGACGUCGCCAAGGUGAAGCCCGCCCAGGCCGACACCACCACUGGUGAGGAGGCUCUCCUGAGGAAGCUCAACACUCGCUGCGCGCAAAAGGACACCUCUUCGUGCGUCCUCCUCAAGAUGGUCACCUACUUCAACCGCCUGCUCAAGAAGUCCUCCAUCGCCAUCGGCGAGACUGUCGAGAUCGAGCGCACCACCGCCGUGUCCGUGUCGGCCGAGGACGUGACCUCCAGCCGCGCCCUUGAAGGCGACAGCGACGAGGACAAGCUCACCUCCCUCAUGACCGACAAGCUCUUCAACUUCGUCCGCUCCCGCUCCAUGAGGCUCAAGCUGUUGCCCGGCGCUGACCUGCUCGUCACCCCCAAGACCGAGAAGGACGGCGGCCUCAACCUCGACAUGAGCCUGCAGGCCAACAAGGAGGAGGGUGACAAAUCUGUCAUAAGAUAA